AUGCGUUACGAGUUACGAACAGUGUGUUCGGACGAGGAUUCUGGUAUGAUUUUCUAAAUAAUGGCGCUUACACUGGUGCUAGUGGUGUCAGCUAUCCUGUCAUGCUCUGCAGAGCUGACAGACGACAUGAUCGAGUAUGAGCGGGAGUGUUUAAACGAGGACGCCUACCCCUGCAUGGAGGGGGGAUGCAUUCCCAUUUCGCAAUACUGCGACGGGGUGAUAAACUGUCCCGACGGAACCGAUGAGAAUUUCUGCAGUGAUACAAACCACAAGUCUGCCACGAAGAUCUGCGGCGAGCAAUUCCACUUCCUGUGUAAGGACGGCGACAAGUGCGUGCCCAACUCGUGGCUGUGCAACAAUGUGACGGACUGCAACGACGGCAGCGACGAGGAGGGAUGCAGUUCGAUGCCCGCGCCAGCCGCCAACGCGACGUGCAAGGGUUUCAAGUGCGACGGCAGCAAGUGCAUUUCGAACCUGUGGGUGUGCGAUGGCUACUAUGAUUGCGACGACAAGACCGACGAGAGCUCAAAGGAAUUGUGCCGUAAGACCAGGUACAACCAGCCGAUACAGGACGUGGCAAUGUGCCUUGACAUUCCGAUACGACGCUACUACCGCUGCAUCGACUCCUCCUUCUGCUUGUCUGAAGACUUGAUGUGCAACGGCAUAAUCGACUGCCGCGACGGCAGCGAUGAAGGGCGGUUCUGUGAGAAUUGGCACACUAUGUGCUCCGAAGUGAACAAUCCAUGCAAAGACAACGAAACCAUAUGCAUGCCAGAGCGAUACGGUGCGAGCUGCGUUUGCGAAGUAUCUCCAUUGACGAGAGAAUACAACUACAGCACGCAGCGGUGCGAAGACAUAAACGAAUGUGCUCUGGCUUUGCCACAGUGCUCGCACUCUUGCAAAAACGAGGACGGUCAUUUCCGGUGCUUCUGCGACGAGGGAUACGAGCAGGACACGUACGGAUACUUGUGCUAUGCGAAAGGUCCCGAAGCUUUAUUGUUCUAUACCACGAGCACAGAGAUCAGAUACGUGAAGGUAAAGAGCAAGCAGGAUGUCGUCGUAAUGAGUGACAUGAAACAGGUACAUGGAGUGUCAUACGAUGGUAAACAUCUAUACUGGGUGGAGACAGAGCAAGGUCAUCAGGCCAUCAUGAGAACUGAACUCACAAAUAUAGAAGGAACUAAACAGGUAAUAGUUAGCCUAGGUCUCGAAGACCCCGGCGACGUGGCCGUAGACUGGGUGAACGGCCACAUCUACUUCAGCGAUGUUCAGCGCGGAACAAUAUCCGCGUGCAAGGCUGAUGGUUCAGUGUGCACCACUCUAAAGACGAAUUCCAAGCGGCCUAGAUAUGUCACGCUGGCCAAUAAACACGGUAAGAUGAUGUGGGCGGACUGGCAUUAUCGACCGUUACUGAUGAGCGCGGAUAUGGACGGUUCGAGGUCCAGCCCGCUGGUAGACAACCUGCAGGGGUUUGCCACGGGGCUGGCGCUCGACGAGCCCAAUGGGAGACUGUAUUUCGUCGACAAGACUGUGAAGGUCAUCAAGCUAGACGACAUGCAGACUUACUCACUAUUCGAGGAGCCGUUCCACCACCCGUACUCCAUAGCUAUAUUCGAGAACACCAUUUUCUGGAGUGACUGGACGUCCAACACCAUACAAACGGCGGAUAAACUCCACGGCACUGGGCAGAAGAGGAACGUGCUCGUAUCCUUGAAUAAACCUAUAUUCGGAAUGCACAUCUACCACCCUGUUAUAUAUAACCCGAUCCACAAUCCGUGCGAGAACCACACAUGUUCGCACAUGUGCCUCACUUCCACCAAUGCUACGGGGGUGUGCGCCUGCCCCGAUGGAAUGGAGCUGAAGAACGGUACCAACUGUCAACUGGUCGGUCAUUAGAUGGGUGACCAAAAAUCUUCUAUCUCGAGUUCCUCCGUGCUUAGGAAGGCACGCUAAGCCGUUGGUCCCGGCUGUAUCUGCAGUCGUUAGCACCCGCCCAUCCGCACUGGGCCCGCGUGAUUCAGAUUCAGAUUCUGAAAACAAGCGCGAGAAAUAAACAGUGUAGUCUAAGCAGGUUGCCUGCUUUUUCUCGCGCUUUGUUUUCUGAUUCUGAAUCUGAAUCUGAAUCUGAGUGCACUCUGGCCGCACCCAUUCUCACGCCGCACACGGGCCACCGACCACAACCACAAAACGCCGCCA